AAGUGCUUCCUGUGGACCUCCUGUCAACACAACAUGGCUGGAUUACAUAUGGGGCAUUGACGCUAUUAUUAGGACACAUUCAAGGGGAAACGUCCUCUCGACUGCCAUAUCAAAGUAUUCAGACUUUAUUUAAAUUGGAGUGGUUCCUGUUUAACGCAGGGUAUGUUACACACGAAGGCAGAGUGAAGACAGAAAAAUGCACAAGCUCACAAAAGCGACGCUGGCCUUUAACGGAUUUGGCCGGUGUUUUAAUGCAGAAAAGCACUUCACUGCCACAAAAAUCAUUAGUCGAGGACUGGUUUGUACUGAACAUGGAGACGAUUCUGGCAAGAAGGAGGUUUAUGAUGUUAUUAUUUCCGGGGGAGGGAUGGUUGGAUCUACAAUGGCAUGUUCCUUAGGACUGGACCCCAACUUAGUGGACAAGAAGAUUCUGCUUCUUGAAGCGGGCAAUAAGAAAGUGAUGGACAAGGUCCCGGACGUCUAUGGGACCAGAGUCAGCUCUAUCAGUCCAGGCUCUGCAACACUCCUAAGUGGUAUUGGAGCAUGGGAGCACAUUACAAAGAUGAGAUACAAGCCCUACAAAAAGAUGCAGGUUUGGGAUGCCUGCUCAGAUGCCCUGAUCACAUUCGAUAAGGAGAACCUGCAGGAUGAGAUGGCAUACAUUGUGGAGAACGACGUAGUUGUGGCUGCCCUCACUAAACAGCUGGACAGUCUCUCCGAUAAUGUGCAAGUUAAGUAUAGGUCGAAGGUGGUGAAGUACACGUGGCCGAUGCCCCACCAGGCAGCUGACUCUAUCCCGUGGGUUCAGGUCACCUUGGCCAGUGGCGAAACUCUACAGACCAAGCUGCUGAUCGGUGCAGAUGGACCAAACUCAAUGGUGAGGCAGAAGUUAGGGAUUCCCACGGUCAAGUGGAAUUAUGACCAAUCUGCAGUUGUUGCUGUGCUGCACCUAUCAGAGCCCACUGAGAACAAUGUUGCAUGGCAGAGGUUCCUCCCUACAGGACCCAUUGCAAUGUUACCGCUGUCGGACACAGAGAGCUCUCUGGUGUGGUCAACUAGCCAUCGGCUCGCAGAGGAGCUACUGGAGCUGGAUGAGGAGAGCUUUGUGGAUGCAAUCAACUCUGCCUUUUGGAGUAAUGAGAACCAGUCAGAGCUCAUCGAGACAGCUGGCUCUCUAUUCCGCAGCACCCUGUCCACCCUCAUGCCGUCUGCAGGUUCACCUCGACAGCCCCCAAGUGUGGCAGGGAUCGGUCCAAAGACCCGGGUCAUGUUCCCCCUGGGCAUAGGCCAUGCAUCAGAGUAUGUCAGACACCGGGUGGCUCUGAUUGGGGAUGCAGCCCAUCGUGUCCAUCCCUUGGCGGGUCAGGGAGCCAACUUGGGCUUCGGGGAUGUGGCUUGCCUCACACAGCUCCUGAGCCAGGCAGCCUUUAACGGGAAGGACCUGGGAGCAAUGCAACACCUGUUAGAGUAUGAGACUGAACGACAGAGGCACAAUCUGCCCAUGAUGGCGGCCAUUGACCUCAUGAAACGUCUUUAUUCCACUAACGCGGCUCCUGUGGUUCUCCUACGCACCUUUGGUCUGCAGGCCACCAACAUGCUCCCAACUCUUAAAGAGCAGAUCAUGGCGUUUGCAAGCAAAUGAUCUUUGCCACGCAGUGUGCGUGUGUCUCCAAUGGCUGCAAGAAGACAUAACUGUAAAAUUUGUGAAUGUAAAAUAAAAUAAAGAUAUAUUUUA